AUGGCUGAUAGCGAAUUUGAAGAAUUUCGCCGUGUUUUCGAUAGAUUACCUCAACAUAUAAAAGCUCCAACACCAUUUUAUUCAUUAGUGCCAAAUGUUGGCCUGGAAGAUGACUCCCCGUCUUCCAAGAGCGAGUGUACGCCGGAAGAUGACACUAAAGAGGACAUGCAUCCAUGCAUGGUGGAUGGAAACGCUGCAACCACAACAGUAAAAGAGGAAAUAACAUCAACGCCAUCACAGCCAGACAUUACAGAAACGCAGCGGAGCCCACAGCAUUACGCAUUCACGAACGGCGAACGCAAACGAAGAAAGCUGCCGGAGAUUCCUAAGAACAGAAAAUCAAAAAUUCUAGCAUGCAGUCAGCCAACGUCGCUGGCAGACGAGCUUGGUCAAGUUACCGGGGUGCUGGUCAGGCCUGGGUGUCAUACAAGACCACUGCUGGUCCUAAAAUGCGGCUAUCUCCUGGAUGAAGAUUCUAGCCCCGACUCAGAGAGAUUGCAAAGCCUUGGGGACGUAGACAGUGGACACAGCACUGCGCAUUCGCCGAUCGAUACAGGACCCAAGAGUAUAUCGCCGACUCCGCUACAGCAAAAUGUAUCUCCAGCCUCAAGUUGCAGCAUCAGCGGCCUCAAUUUUGCUGGAAACAUGACAAAUAUUCCUCACAGUCAACUAGAAAUGCUUGAAGCCACGCACAGAGGCCUACACAAGUUCAACCCUAGACAUCACGAUGAAAUCGAAGUGGAAAUUGGCGACCCCAUAUAUGUGCAGAAAGAGGCUGAAGAUUUAUGGUGUGAAGGUGUAAACUUAAGAACAGGGCAGCAAGGGAUCUUUCCGUCGGCUUACGCCGUAGAUAUGGACUACAAUGACUUCGACCCUGCUAACGCUAAAGACAAGAAGGAACGAUAUCUGCUUGCGUACAUGGGGUCUGUGGAGACGUCGGCUCAUAAAGGAACGGGAGUUGUAUGCCAGGCAGUGAGGAAGAUAGUUUCGGAAUGUAAUGCGGAGCCUACAAUGCAGCCAUGUAUUUUAGAAGUAUCAGAUCACGGGCUUCGUAUGGUAGAUCGAUCAAAACCCGCGAGAAAUCGAAACGGGCCAUGUAUCGACUAUUUCUACUCCCUAAAGAAUGUUUCGUUCUGUGCGUUUCACCCGCGAGACCACAGGUACUUGGGUUUUAUCACGAAACACCCGACGCUGCAGAGGUUUGCAUGCCAUGUCUUCAGAGGUCAGGAAUCCACGAGGCCCGUAGCUGAAGCUGUCGGGAGAGCGUUCCACAGAUUCUACCAAACGUUUAUAGAGACGGCGUAUCCAAUUGAAGACAUUUAUAUAGAAUAG